CUCGCCGCCCUCCUGCCGCUUCCCGCCGCCCCCUCGGCCCACCGAAAGCUCCUGGUGUUCCUGCUCGACGGCUUUCGCUUCGACUACAUCGAUGACGGCGAGCUGGAGCAUCUGCCGGGCUUUCGGGACAUUGUGAACAUGGGGGUGAAGGUGGAUUACAUGACCCCAGACUUCCCCAGCCUCUCCUACCCAAAUUACUACACGCUGAUGACGGGUCGCCACUGCGAGGUCCAUCAGAUGACUGGAAACUACAUGUGGGACCAGAAGGCAAAUGUGUCUUUUGAUAUUGGUGUGAAUAAAGAAAGCCUGCUGCCUCUCUGGUGGAAUGGAUCAGAGCCUUUGUGGGUCACCAUGAUGAAAGCAAAAAAGAAUGUUUCCAUGUACUACUGGCCAGGUUGCGAGGUCGAAAUCCUUGGAGUCAGACCAAGUUACUGCCGUGAAUACUUCAGUGUCCCGACAGACAAAAACUUUGAGGAUGCCAUCAGCGAUGCCCUUGAGUCUUUGUGCAACAACAGUGCUGAGAUGGCCGCGGUGUACUAUGAGCGCAUUGAUGUGGAAGGUCACCACUACGGCCCUUUGUCCCAGCAGCGGAAGAACGCUUUGAAGGAGGUGGACAAAGCCUUGAGCAACAUGAUCUCGCUCAUCAAGAGUAAAGGCCUUCAGAAUGAUGUCAAUGUCCUGCUCUUCUCUGAUCAUGGGAUGACAGACAUCUCUUGGGCAGACAAAGUGAUUGAGCUGAAAAACUAUAUCAAUAUGAGCGAUACCAUACAAAUGAAGGACCGAGGUCCCGUUGUGAGCCUCUGGCCAGCUCCAGAGAAGCAUGCAGAGAUAUAUCAAAAACUGAAAGCUGUGGAGCACAUGGAUGUUUAUAACAUACAGGACAUUCCUAACAGAUUUUACUACAAAAAAGGAAAAUUUGUGUCUCCACUAACUCUCGUGGCUGAGGAAGGAUGGUUCAUAGUAGAGAGCAGGGACAAGCUGCCCUUCUGGGAGAAUGGGACAGGGAAGAAGGAGGCCUGGCAGAACGGCUGGCAUGGCUACGACAACGAGCUCAUGGACAUGAGAGGCUUCUUCCUCGCAUAUGGACCAGAUUUCCGGUCCAACUACAGAGCACCUCCCAUCAGAUCCGUGGAUGUUUACAACAUCAUGUGCAGUCUGGCAGGAGUACAGCCGCUGCCCAACAACGGCUCCUGGUCCAGGGUGGAGUGCAUGCUCCGGAACACAGCCCCCGUGGCACCACUGCCCCCGCGCAGCAGCUGUGCCCUGGCGCUAGCUCUGCUCGCCCUGUUCACCACGCAGAUCUCCCUACUGUGA